ACGAGCCUAAACUAUAAUGUUUAAAGAUUUUUUACGGAAUGGACGACGGUUUGUUGUCAGAGCAGAGCGGCUUUACAUCUGCUUUACCUCUGAGGAUCAUUGAAUAUGCGUUUACUCACCACAUGAUGGAUGUUUUACUGGUUUUAGGGCCUCCUCCAUGGCUGGAAGUGGACCUUGGCUGUCUGACUCUUGAGGAUUCAUGCAGCAUUCGUGUUGUGGCGGCUGAGGCCUGGAUAAUCAUGGAGAGAAGAGACAUCAAACACUCUGAACAAGUGAUGGAGUUUCUGAACAUCACUCACACAUUACUACCUCACAUAGUGACUCCCAUUAAACACAUGAAAAUUGUGUUUGGUUUGAAGACUUUGAUCAUUAUGUGGAUGCUGACUGAUGACAAAAGCAGUGCCAGCAUCAAUGACAAGAUCAUGAAGUUCUUUCCUGACACUUUGCCCCAGUAUCACAACAGUAGCCGCAGACACAUGGAGCUGAUGCAGAGGACCCAGCAAGACUUUAAAAAUUUUGCACAGUCAUUAGCUAUAAACCCAGAAAUACGCAAAGCCUACGUUAAGGAUGGGAUGGAGGAGCAGUAUGGUGAGUGUUAUGCCAAAAAGUUGGAGGAGAGAUUAUUACAUUAUCUAGAAGAACUAGACAAAGCGCUUCCUCAGCCUACGUAUAUUGACCAGGUUUUAAAUAAAUCACAGCUGUUGGGAGGAAGAGAAGAGUUGCUGCAUCAGAUACUUACCUGUGACAGUGCUCCUCCAUCCACAGCGUUGAAGAGACUCCUAAGAUGUGCUCUUGCAACCAACUCAGUUUGUGAUAACCCUGGGUCCGUCUGCAUUGAUCUUAAAAAAUCUUCCAAAGAAGCAGAUGAACACCAGAGCUUCAGGCUAGACAAAGACAAGAAAUCAUUCCUACAAGAAGGUUCACUGAAGAUUCGUUUGAAAAGACAGCUUGAUAAUACUGAUAAUACUGGUGUAGUUUUAGAAGUGUGUCCUCAAAUGGCAAAAAAUGCACCAGUUUCAGAAAAGAAAGGAGUUAGGAACGAAUCAACAGAGCAUCUGUGCUCCAGACAUGGCAAGAAAAUGAGAAGUAUUUUACUAGAGUGCUCGGAGGAGCUCAGGGAUUUGGACUUCAAGGUUCCCUCAAUGCAGGCAGAAUGCACUCCUACAUCACCUCACACUCCACUGCUCCAGUCUACAUCUCACAAAGGGACUCAGACCUCAAAACUGUCACCUCAAGACUCGUCUUGUUCUACAAAUAUAUCUUUGUCUUUAGAUCCUGACUCCUCAGAUCUGGAUGAAGUAUCACAGAUUAUCUCUGCACAGUCGACUUCAUCCCAUCAGGUUAAUUCCUUACGUACUUCACUAGUUUAUAGUAACUCUAGUGCAUCUUUGAGCCAAGAACAUCAUGUAGCAUUAACACCUACAUUUUCAGCACAAACCUCACUUUCUAAAACACCUUCAUUACGACCAAUUACUUCCUCUCCAGUAUCUGCAGUAAAACCUGUUCCAUUUUCAGCUGAUCCAAUGCAGGCGUUUGACCCAACAAGGCAAGCUUUAGAUGAAGGAGUACUUUUUGUUAGUCCCUUAAAAAGCAUACCUGAAGUCUCACUUAUUUCUUUUCAAACUAUCACUCCUUCACCAGAACCUUUACCAGUGCGACCAGCAUUAUCCCAACAAUCUUCAUCUUCCUUUAAUCUUUCACCAUUUCCACUGAACCAGACUCUUCAAGCAUCAACAUCUUCAGAUGAACAAAUCCCUUCUUCAACAACAUUCACAUUACGUCCUACCAGUCCACUAAAAUCUGUAUUCCAUCAAACCUGUUUAUUAUCACCAUCACCACCAACAACAUCUGCUUCCUCGGCUCCAGUGGCAAAUUCUCCAGGUCAAAAUCAACACCAAAAAACAGUGAGACAAUUUUUAGAUGCAGAUGCAACUUUAAGUUCAAGAACACCAUCUCCAUUACCUGUAGAUCCAAUCAAUAACUCACUGUUAUCUUCCUCGAAACCAGCAUCCCAAAUGUCAUCUUCUGAUGAGAAUUCCUCAUUUCCUGAAAUCACUCAAGCAUCAGCAUCAUUGGUGGAGCAGGAGUCUUUCUCACCAUUGUUUCACCAAAUAUGUACAUGCCAUCAGCUAUUAUCAUCAGCUACUUCUUCUACAUCUUCUACUUAUUUUUUCCCUUCCAGAGCAACUCUCACUCCAACACAAAACGCCACACAUAUUUCUGACCCAGCUAAACAAGGUGAAGAACUUGGUGUAAUUUCAUGCAAUCCGAGGCUGUCAUUGGAGACACAAUCAUUCCUUCUGCUGUGUAAGUGGAUGCAGCCUCAUGUGAAGCUUUGCAGGCUAAGCCAGCGUAGAGUCAGCCAAGCCACAAUGACAAUGAAACCCACAGAACAGUCAUUUGAAGAUGAAGUCUAUUCAUUUGAUGUCAAUAGACUUUAUUCUCAAUCAGAUUCUGAAUCAGAUCCACAAGAUUCUGAUGAUCCGGAUUAUAAUCCACCAAAUAAAUGGAAGCUAUAGAUUAAAAUUGCCUGCUGGUGCUCCCAAUUAAUUUUAUCAUUCAGUGCAAUAGUAAAGCAUUAUGCGUAGCUACAGGAGAUGACAAGUUUAAUCCCCAAUAAAAAACAAUAUAAAAACAGCCAUAAGUGGCUAAGGAGGAUUAGAUCAGUAAUCCAAAGGUUGCAAUCACCACCAAAGUGACACUAGUCAACUGUGGAAAUUUGUUAGUUUAGUGUUUCACAAAUUCUGUCCUAGAAUAAACCCUUUCCUGCAUGUUUUAUAGUUUACCCUCUUGUAACCUGUACCUUCUAAACACUUUUUAUUUUGACAAUGUGUUAAAUAAGGGAAAGCUUUAACAUGUGUAAUGCAUGGGUACUUCAGGAACAGAGUUAAGAGAAAUUGUGUUGAGGCUUUGUAUAUAAAAUUGGGGAGGUGAGAACUCUUGAUGAUAGUUGAUGGCAACCUGACCCAGCUGAUGACGUUACUUGAGUACUGUUUUUUUGGUGACCUGCUGCACAUUUUGAACCUUCACUAGAUGACACUCGAUAAGUGUAGUGGGUUGGAUUUGGCAACAAAUAAAUUGGGUGGCAAGAAACUAUGCAUGAUGUAAUCAAGUAAUGAGCUCAGAUUGACAAAAGACAUAUUAAUCAUUAAUCACAGACAUUUGUUCAACUGAGGUUUUUAAUGAUGUUGCUUAAAGAGCAUUUCAAAAGUGCCUUUUGGCUCUAUUUAGUUUUUAUUCAGUUAUGGAUAGCUCAGAACUGCAUUUAGGUUUUUUGUUCAGUUAAAACCAAAUCAGUUAUAAGCAGAAGAAGAAAAAAGGAAUGUAAACAAUAUUGCAAAUUUUCAAUGGUAUUUUCAAAACUACCUCGUGGACAUAUUUAUUAUCACAGUAAUAUAUCAGUGUGUUUACUAUAUGGAAAAUCUGAACCUGUUUAAAAAUGUUGUGACCAUACCCAGACAUUGUGUUGAGGCUUUGUAUAUAGAAUUGGGAAGGUGAUAACUCUUGAUGAUAGGGGUGAUGGCAACCUGACCCAACUUAUGAUGUUAGAUGAGGUUUUUUUGGUGACAUGCUGCACAUUUUGAACCUUUACUAGAUGACACAUGAUAAGUGUAGUGGGUUGGAUUUGGCAACAAAUAAAUUGGUUGGAAAAAAACUAUGCAUGAUAUAAUCAAGUAAUGAGCUCAGAUUUACAUAAGACAUAUUAAUCAUUACACAGACAUUUGUUCAACUGAGGUUUUUUGUCAUGAUGUUGCUUAAAGAGCAUUUCAAAAGUGCAUUUUGGCAUUAUUCAGUUUUUUUCAGUUAUGGAUAGCUCAGAACAGCAUUUAGGUUUUUCGUUUGGUUAAAACCAGAUUCGUUUGAAGCAGAAUUUAAACAAUAUUGCACAUUUUAAAUAGUAUUUUUAAAACUACCUCAUGGACAUAUUUAUUAUCACAGUAAUAUAUCAGUGUGUUUACUAUAUGGAAAAU